AACAAGAAAAGGGGAAACCCCAAAAUCUCUCUGCAAAUAAUCCUCUUUUCUUUUUUGGAGCUCCCUCAAGAUUUCGAUCACAACAAUGGAUAUUUGCGAGGAUUACCGUUAUGGUGAAUCUGAAACUGAUGCAGAAUACUCAGAUGAUUCGCAGGACGACCCGACUUUCGAUGUCCUUGAGGAGACUCGGUUAACCUUCUCAAAUCUUUCUUUUAAGAGAAAAAUCAAGACACAUGUUGUAAAGGGGCAUGCUGGAAAAGAAAACGAAGAGUCAGAUGGCGUAGAAAUGGUUGUACCGGAGCUUAAUGAGAAGGAACAGAAAAGCUAUGAAACUAUUCAGAAAAUUGUUGAAGUUGGUCCGGUGGAGAGACUAAAAGUGGAGGAAUGCAAGAUUUACUUAAGGAAACAUGGAUUAAGAUUGAGUGGCAAUAAAGAGACACUUAUUCUGCGGAUUAAGGAGCACAUUGAUAUUGUCAAUGGUGAUGGGGAGAAAAAGUAUCCGGCAUCUAGUUUCGUGUUGAACUGCAAAGGUGAUGCAUGCAUGGGAGACAUAGUUAUGUUUGAACAGAAUGUGUACGAAGCGUUCAACAUUGCAUCUCGAAGUGCCAAUGGUCCUCCUUGUGGCACAAGAGUUGUUGCUGGGCGGAUUGUGAAGGAGAGCUAUGGGGCUGCCAAGCAGCAACAUACGUUUACGAUCGAAGUGCUGUGGAGUAAAGGAGAGAAACCACUGCCGCCACUUCACCCGUUGCUCAUCAAAGGAAGGAACCUCUACAGAUUGAAAACAAUGAGACAGAAAUGGGAAGAUGAAGGGGAGAGGCAGAAAAUUUUGUCAGAAAAGCAUGCUAGAGGUGGUGUUGCUCGCUUGACUAGGGAAGCACGCAUACAACAGAAAGAAAUGCGACAAAUGCACAAGCCAACCAGGGCAGCAAGAAAUGAACAUCCAAACAAAAAACAAGAGGAAAGAAGAGAGCCUCUGAAAACUUUUGAAGUAAACACACCAAUCCAGCAAGAAAAUUUGCACGGAAACCCUACUUAUGGUACUUCAAAUGCACAUAUGCUGCCAGAAGGGCUUCAUCAAAUGCAAUCUCAGAUCAGCAUGAACUGCAGCUUCCAGAGACACCAUCAACACAGAGACUGCAGGGGCUCUUAUGAAGGACAACAUAUGAACUACCAUGCUGCAAGAAGUCCCACCCGAGGAGAUUCCGGUAGCUACCUUUCAAACUCUAAUCAUAUCAGGAAUCUGUUGCAGCAAACACAUGCUUUCAAAGAAAAUCAGAGUCCAUGGCAUGGGCUUGCUCACAACAGCAUGCAAAGGAUUUCUAACAUGAACCUCAAUUUUCCUAGCCAUCCUCAGCAAACACAUGCGUGUCACAGGCAGCACUUAAACCGACCAGUUGAAGCACAAGGCUGGGAACAAAAGCAGAGAUGCCGAUAUUAUGUUCAAGGAAGGUGCUACUUUGGAGAAAGGUGUAAAUAUGUACAUGAAUCAGCUGGAAACAAGGUGUGAAGAGAAGCAUUUUAUUUCACCAGAAUGACUUCACUUUUGAUCCUUCAUUGGUUGGAAAUUCGUUUUUCCAGCUCCAAAGCCAGAAAAAGAAAACAUUAGUGGAAUUCAAUUCGAAACCGAUUUAAGCAAUUUCUGUUGAUGCAACUAGAGCUAGUUCUUCAUCAUUGACAUCGCUUAUCUUGGUAACUUUAGUUCCCUUAAUUCUUGUACUAUUCUUGUUUCAACAUUCCUUUAAGGUAAACUGUCUGC